GAGAAAAGAAAGAGAAGGAUAGGAAUGGAAGAGGGAGAUAGAGAGAGAAAGAAGGAGAGAAAGAGGAAAGAAAACGAGAAAGAGAGUGAGAGACAAAGAGAGAAAAGAGAGAGAGAGAGAGAAAAUGGAAUUUCUCUAUUUCACAUGUCCUCACUUUCUUCAUUACAGAUUAAUAAACCUCUUGAUGGAUUGGGACGAACUCCUUUAAUCGUUGCCUGUGACGUGGGCGCCGAUAGAAGAAUCAUCGAAAUAUUGAUAAAAGCUGGUGCGAAGUUAGAAGCGAAAGACAGAUGGGGUUGGACAGCUUUGCAUUGGGCUGUGAAGAGGAAUCACCUUCAUGCUGUGGAGAUCUUACUAUCUCGGGGAAGUGAGGUGAAUCCUCGAGAUAAAGCUGGUCGCACACCGCUGCACUUGGCCUGUUAUUGGGGAUACUUGCACACUGUCGAAAUUUUGUUGGGUCACAAUGGCAUCGAUGUCAAUGUGGUUGCCAACAAUGGAUACACACCACUGCAUGAGGGAGUUCGGGGUCCUUCCAGUUGCAAGUAUGAAGUGGUGUGUGCGAUGCUGAAGCAGGAUUCGGUGAAUUUAGAAAUUGUGAACAAAGAAUAUAGGACACCAUUGCUUGAAGCUGUUUCGGACGGUCACCUCGGAAUAAUGCAGCGGCUGAUAGCCAGGGGCGCGAAUGUAAAUGUUGUCGAACAUGGAGGAAAUAAUUGCCUGCAUCUGGCGUUAAAAAGAGAAAACAACUUUCAUUCUGAGGUGGAGCACAUGACCAUGUUAGAUCAGGUAAGUUUUCACAUUGUUUGUGACUAUGUGUGUGUGUGUGUGUGUGUGUGUGUGUGUGUGUGCAUUUGUGCGUCUGUGUGUGUGUAAAAUAGACAAACUGACAGAGAAAGACAGACAGAAACAGACAUUGUUUAUAUCGCAAUUCUCACCUACCAACCCCAUCCUCCAUUACCAUUUCCUGAUCCAGUCACAAUGGUAACCCUUAGUUAUAUUAUUAUGAAACAAACACUAUUCUCUAUUCCGUCCCCUUCCGUCCUCAAAGGCACGACCUCUCCAUGGUAGAGAAGGUGAUCCAUCUCGAAUGUUGGGCAUACAAACACGGUCAUCAAAAUUUGAAGGAGAAAUGAUCUAUUCAAGACAGGAGAUAUUAUUCUGAAUUAACAAUGAUACUGGGUAGAAGAGAGGUUCAUAUGAUAGACAGUAACAUUUAUAGUGCUGGGGCCAUGAUAAUAAAUACAUCUUGUCCAUUCCAUGAAGAAUUCUGCCUGAAACAGCUCUCUGUCACAUUUCUUUUAUAUAAUACUAGCAGCAUAGCCCGGCAUUGCCCGGGUAUGUAAGAGCCCCUAGUAGGCAACGACUAAUCCCAAUCUAGUCCUUUCCCUCUAGGGAACGAAGGUGCGUGUGUAGG